AUGACGAAGCCUGUUGUCAAGUCAACCGUCCCUACGCAGGACCAGGUCCUCGUCCCCGAGACUCUGUUGAAGAAGAGAAAGAGCCAGGAGAAGGCCAGAGAGCAGCGCAUCGCUGAGAUCGAGAAGAGAAAGAAGACCAACAAGGAGAAACGUGGUGUCAUCUUCAAACGUGCUGAGCAGUACGUCAAGGAGUACCGUGAUGCCGAGCGCGAGAAGGUCAGACUUGCUCGUCUGAGCAAGCAGAAGGGCAACUUCUUCGUUGAGGAGCAGCCCAAGCUUGUCUUCGUGGUCAGAAUCAAGGGUAUCAACAAGAUUGCCCCCAAGCCGCGCAAGAUCCUCCAACUUCUCCGACUUCUCCAGAUCAACAACGGUGUUUUCAUCAAGUUGACCAAGGCCACCCAAGAGAUGUUGACCAUCGUCAACCCAUACAUUGCCUACGGCUACCCCAACCUCAAGACCGUCCGAGAGCUCAUCUACAAGCGCGGAUACGGAAAGAUCGACAAGCAGCGCAUUGCCCUUACCGACAACCAGCUCAUCGAGGACAACCUGGGCAAGUACGGCAUUGUCUGCAUGGAAGACUUGAUUCACGAGAUCUUCACUGUCGGACCAAACUUCAAGCAGGCUAGCAACUUCUUGUGGCCAUUCAAGCUGUCCAACCCCAACGGUGGCUUCCGCACCAGAAAAUUCAAGCACUACAUUGAGGGUGGUGACCUUGGUAACCGGGAGGAGAACAUCAAUGCUCUCAUCCGACAGAUGAACUAG